AUGCUUGCGCUACGGCUGCGUUGGGUCUCGGGAACCACAGCAUUGCCAGUAGCUCGCUUGACUCUCAACUCUGCGCGUCGCACUGCAAUUUUAAUGUCAAUGCACUCGACUUUGUCAUCCUCCUCACGUCGAUUUCUCGCUUUUCAGCAAUUUAAGUCAGCUUUUUCCUCAAUCGCUGAACAUCCAGCCAAUGUAUCUCAUAAACUGACUGAAGAAAGUCGUGAAAAUGUCGUAGCUUUGCUGAAGGCCCGCUGCAAUGGACUGUACCAUGACAACGAGGCGUACAUUGAUCCAGCCGAAGCACUGGCGCUCUGGUUGCGCGACGUACAAAUGCUGCAGCAUCAGUACGAGCCAUCACUUCUUGAAGAAGAAGUCACACGUGCGUAUGAGAGUGGAGUGGCUAUUGCUUCUAAACAGCGGCAGUUUGAUAUGGCCACAAAGCUUAGAGAUCAGAUGCAGCAACUUGGUUACCAACCCACGGAACGCAUACGCCAGUACUUAAUCCGCAACGUGGCGUUGCAGCUCAUCAGUUGUACUCGGUACACGCCCCUGGAAGAUCUACGUGAAUUGAUGCAAAAUGUAGAUAAAGACAUUCGGGAGCGCGAGAUCAUGAGAAUCGUGGAGCGUGAAGAGUUUCCUCUACAGCUCAAGACAGACAAGGAGUUUGCGCUUUUUCAUAAGCGGCUUAUUGCCGGGAUCGAGGCGCAAUUGGAUGAAUAUGAACACUACCUUGAGGCACAAAAUGCUGCGCAUUUCAAAGUACUUCGAUCAGCAACACCGUAUAAUGAAGCGCUUCGUGUGUACGCAGACAAUGGAGUCAAGUUCUCUCGUAUGCUCGAGCUCAUGGUAGCACGUGAAGUUGUAGUGGAUGUUGAGACUUAUGAGGCCCUUCUAUUAGGUGCACGAUGGAACGAAAUUCCAGCUACACUAAAUCAGCUGCUAGACUCGAAAUUGGUGGAGCAGCUUACAGCUGCAUCUUCUGAUACCGCGAGUGACCACGUACACAGACUGUGGAUUAACGCUAUGAGAGCUAUUAUAUACUCAAGUACAGAGCACUUUGGUUCUAUAUCUGCAAGUGUUAAAAAGAAAGACGUGGACCAGUUGCGUAAAUUGUUUCUAUUUGUUGACGAACAGAUUUCUAGUGCUUUUUCUAAAUUCAAGUUUGCAACGACAACGCAGUACGAUGAAGUAUACACGAUGCGAGUAAAAGCUGCUGCAGCCUGCGGUCUUAGCAUGCCGGUAGAGACAAUUCUUGACGAGUAUGUCCAGUGUUCAAAGUCAAGUACCGAAGGUGAAAAGUCUAUGCUGUGCAAGGACGUUUUCUUAUCGGCUUUGGAGAUAUACCCCUGGUCCCUAAUGGAUGUACUAAUGCUCUCGCGAGAGUUUGCACUGGCCCGCGCCGAGAGUCAUGAAAUUGCGACGUCUCCACGUGUGCUAGAGAUGCAACAGAUGUACGAGCGCGUAAUGGCCAGAUUGAACAAAGCGCAGAAGCGUGUUGCAGAUAUAGAGCACUGUAUUACCUCGAGAAGCUUGACGCUAGAUGAAGAUGAGCUGCGCCGGCUGCUAGCUCAGCAAAGCAAAGCGAAUCAGGUGAUCGAUCGGGAAUCCAGGAGAGCUACAGCCAUCGAGCGACGUCUUAAUAAUGCGCGUGUUCUAAAAGCAAAUCAAUUGCUGAUCAAGGAGAACUUGACACGAGCAGAUAAGAUCGUAGAUCGUGUAUUGUUCAAACUGAAAGAUGCAGGCUUUGAUUUAGAAUUCGAUCUCGACGUGCCAAUUAGACUUAUGGAGCAGUAUAUGAAGUGUGCUCGACGUCUAGACAAGCGUCUUACGCAGCGGCAGAAGCAUGUAAGCCUUCACAUGAUGGACCGCGUCUUCAAGCGAGUCAAUUUAGUCUCGAAAGCCGUGCGAUCCGGUGGCAUUAACAUCCAGGACCCGGAGACUUGCAAAAAAUUGACCCUUUUCUUUGAGCAUGCAGUAUGUGCUGCCGUGCGAUAUUGGCGGGAAGAGGAGACCGAUGCACUUGUACGCAAGCAGCAACAGCUGCUGAAGACGCAACAAUUAUCUCCGCGCGAGUAUGACCAGCUUAUAUUUCAACGUGUGACAAACCUUGAUGUGCGUGGAGCACACUCACUUCUGCAGGAAAUGCAUAAUGCUGGUAUGAUGCCGUCUCAAGAAGCUAUACAUCGCAUUGCGCUUGGGCUGCUGUACCAGCGAAAUGGGUCGCUGAUUGAUGAGUCUAACAUUAAGAUUGAUGCAAGAGAGAGCGGAGAUAAAGAGGAAGAGUUUGACGAUGACAGUGAAGCUGGCGAUGAAAAUGAAGCUAACAAUGAAAAUGAAGCUAACGAUGAAAAUGAGGCCAACGAUGAAGAUGAAGCUAACGAUGAAAAUGAAGCUAUCGAUGCAAAAGAAGCUAAUGAAGAAAACUAUGAUAAAAAGACUCCGGUAGAAGCUGAGGCUGCGAUGGACUGGGAGAUGUCUGCUUUACUUAGUACGUCAGAUCAAGAAGCUAUUGAGCAAGAACUUGGGCUCGGUACCUUAAAGCUAGAUGAAGACAAUGAUAAAAACCGUGCUGAUAGUGCAGCAGCAGCGCGAACGCUACUCUUGGGCUCAGAUGCACCUGUAACUGUUGAAGACUUGAUUGGCUUCUUGCAAGACUGGUAUAAUCUAUAUGGCCUCAAGCCACUUGGCAAAACGGUUGUUCCAUUGCUUGCUCGACUUAUAGAUGACAGUAAUUUUCCAGAACUUUGUCGACUACUGCAAAUUUUAGAGUCCAUGGAGGGAGGUCUGACUCCAGCGACUAAUUUGUGGCUAGAAACACGUCUUGAGCGCAUGGGGAAGACUUUGGACGACUUUCGUCUACAGAAAAAAUCAAAGUGA